UAAACAAUAGAAAAUCUUAUAUGUCAAAUUUUGGGAAUAUAUGAAUUUUAUUGAAUAAUUUUGCAGAAAUAGAUUUUAAUAUUUAGAUCAAAGAAAAUGGCAACUUGGCAAAGUGAUCCUGAAUUGGAAAACAAAGUGAAAAGAGCAACUGAAAGAAUUUCUGAAAACAUGCAUAUUGUGGCAAAUGAACCAUCGUUAGCAUUUUAUCGUUUACAAGAACAUGUCCGAAAAGCGUUAACACCAAUGGUGGAUCGUCGUGUUGAAGUCACAAAAUUACAAUAUGAGCUUCAAGGAAGAUGUUAUGAUGUCGAAUAUGCCGUUAGUGCGCUGAAAGCAAUGGACAAUGCCGAAUCAACAUUGAAAAGUGUACAAGACAUGUUAAAAAAUGCAAUAUUCUUAAAACAACAAUUAAAAUAUGAAGAAGCACGGCGUAAAAAACCAGAAACAAAUUCUGUAUAUAAACGUUUAUCAGCACACAUAACAUUAGAUUUACCUGAAUUACCGGAAUUAUCCGAUGUUGUACGAGAAACAGCAAAUCGUGUUGAGUCUAUGAUGUCAAAUGCAAGACAUAACAAUACUUAAAAAGCGAUCUUUCUCAAAAAUCAUGUUUGCUCAGCAUUCUUUUCAAAGCCUUUCUUGUGAUUUUAGGAAAAAUAUUUUAUAAAUUUAUUGUAUUUUGUUCAUCAAAUUGUGCUGUGACAAUUAAUCUCAAUGAUUUUUUGGCUCAAAGAAAAUAAAUUCUUAAUUUUCUGCAUACACAACUAGUAGUAAAUUUACAAGAAAUUGGAAAUGCUUCAAGCUAAUGUAUGAGGAUCGGUUCAAUCCCAUUACUGAUUAAAUCCUUAGAUUUAUCUUCGGUAUGAAUUCGUUUAUGAUUUAUAGCAGCCCAACAUCAGCAAAUAUAGAGUUUCACAAAAAUAAAAAACAAGAAGAAGAAGAUUUUGGAAAUGCUUCUAGACAAUGGAUUAGAACCGGUUCGAUCUCAUUACUGAUUAAAUCCUUAGAUUUCUCUUCUUUACGAAUUCGUUUAUGAUCUAUAUAUAACAUCAGCAAAUAUAGAGUUUCACAAAAAUAAAGAACAGAAGCAGAAGAUGUUGGAAAUGCUUCAAGGCAAUGGAUUAGAUCCGAUCCGAUCUUAUUACUGAUUAAAUCUUCAGGUUUAUCUUCGGUAUGAAUUCGUUUAUGAUAUAUUGUAGUGCAACAUCGGCAAACCAGCAAAAAUCGACGUCAAAAAAUAAAGAACUUUCCAAGAAGUUAAAAAUGCUUCAAGGCAAUGGAUUAGAACCGGCUUGACUUCAUUACUGAUUAAAUAUUUAGGUUUAUCUUCGAUAUGACUUCGUUUAUCAUCAAAAAUAGGGAUAAUUAAAAUAAUGAACUUAGCAAGAAGUUGGAAAUGCUUCGAGGCAAUAAAAUUAGAAUAAUCGGUUCAAUAUCAUUGCUGAUUAAACCUUAAGAUUAGUAGCCCAAAAGCAGCAAAAAUAAAGGUAAAAAAAUAAUAAACUUAGCAAGGAGUUGGAAAACUUUCGAGGCAAUGGAUUAUAACCGAUUCAAUCCCAUUACUGAUUAAACCUUUAUGUUUAUGUUUGGUAUGAAUUCAUUUAUGAUUUAUUGUAGCGGAACAGGAGCAAAAAUAACGGUAAAAAAAAUAAUGAACUUAGCAAGAAACUGAAAAUGCUUCGAGGCAAUGGAUUAAAAUCGAUUCAAUCCAUUUACUGAUUAAAUUUUAAGACUUAUCUUCGGUAUGAAUUCAUUUAUGAUUUAUUGUAGUGCAACAUCGGCAAACCAGCAAAAAUCGACGUCAAAAAAUAAAGAACUUUUCACGAAGUUAAAUACAUCUCUCUCUAAAAGUUAUUCUAACUGUACCUAAAAAUUUUGGCUAAUUUGAUGAACAAUUUUGAUUGUUAAAAAAAUGUGUUUGUGAUAUUAGU